AUGGGUCACCUCGAAAGUAAUUCGAAACUGAAAAAGAGUGUUGAUCAAAAUGAUAAGCAGAUAAAUCUGGGGAAUGAUAAAAAAAGAAAAAAAAAAGGAGAAAAAAAAGGAGAAAAAAAUGGGGGAAAAAACCAAGAAAAAAGUAAACACAUCGAACAAAAAAUAAAAACAGAAAAUAAACGCAUCGAACAAAAUGAAGCAUAUGAAUAUCAUUAUAACCUGAUUAAAAAAAAUAGCUUUAUUUUAAAAAAAAGUUUAUUAGAAUGGUAUUAUAAACAUCGAAGAAAAUUACCAUGGAGAAAUGAUCAACCACCAUAUACAACAAAUAUAAAUAUACAAACACAAAUAAAUAAAGAUUGUGAUAUUCGAAACUAUUUUUUCAAAGCACGAGACAAUACUAAAUUAAAUGAUGAAGCUGAUACAAAAAACGAAAAUGUUGUAGUCAACAAAAAUUGUGAUAAAACUUUAACUACGGAAAUUACGAAUACCAUUGAAGAAAUAAAGGAGUCUGUAAAAAAUGAUCAAAUAGAAACUGCAAACUGUUUGGACAAUAACAUUUUAAAGUCUGAAAAUUUUAACAAACAGAUUGAAAGUAUUCCUAAACUGAUAGAUCAAAAUGAAGAAACAGAAAAACUCCAAUUGCGAGGAUAUCAAAUAUACAUUAGUGAAGUAAUGUUACAACAAACAAAAGUAGCUACUGUAUUAAACUUUUAUUUGAAAUGGAUGAAUAAAUGGCCAACUAUUUUUGAUUUAGUAAAAAGUAAUUUAGAUGAUAUAUUAACAGAAUGGAAAGGUUUAGGAUAUUACAAUCGAGCUAAAAAUUUAUUAGAUUGCUGUAAAGUAGUUGUAAAUAAAUAUAAUGGAAUCUUCCCUAAUGAUUUAAAAUUAUUAAAAGAAUUACCAGGAAUUGGAAAUUAUACAGCUAAAGCUAUUUCUAUACAUUUAUAUAAUUCAAAAGAUAUAUGUGUUGAUACUAAUAUUAUUAGAAUAUUUUCUAGAAUUACAGAUACUAUAAAUUAUCAUGGUUCUACUAUUUUAGCUCAACAUAGUGAAGAAGUAAGCAAUAUAUUAUGUACAGAUACAUGUAAUUAUUCAGACUUCAAUCAAGCUCUAAUGGAUUUAGGAUCAAGUAUAUGUAAUUCAUCUCCUCAAUGCUCAAUUUGCCCAUUAAAUAAGUAUUGUCUUAUUUAUUCAAAAGAAAAUUAUAAAAAUGUUAAAAAUAAACGUAGAAAAAUUAAUGGAAAAAUUAAACUCGAACUUGAAACAGAUCAGCAAUCCAAUUUGGAUCAUCCAAAUAAUUGCACAUUAUGUGUUAAGGACAGAAAUGUAGAUAUUAAGCUUGUUCCUUUAGCUAAAUUAAAAACAAAAAAAAAAAAAAAUUGCCUCAUUUUAAUAAUAAAAAAAAGUGAUACCUAUAAUGAUACUACUAAAGAAAAUCAAAAUAAGGACCAAUUAGACAACUAUAAUUAUUUGAUGGUUAAAAAUACAGAUUCAAAUCUAUUUUCGAUGCAUUAUCUGUUUCCAUUUAUACUUAUAGAGGAUUUCACACCAGAAGCAUACAGCAUGCACUUAAAUAGUUUAUUAACUAAACUUAGCUUAAAUAAUACUAAAUCGGAUUCCUUUAUAUACAUUGGAAAUUUUAAACAUAUAUUUUCCCAUUUGAUAUAUGAUACUUAUAUUUAUACUUGUAUUGUCCAUAAUUCGGAAAAUGAAAAUAUAGGAUAUGAGCAUGUGUGGAUAAAAUUAAAAGAUAUCAAGGACUUCAUGCACAACUCGUUUUGUGAAAACAUAGUUGAGCAUUAUAAGAAAAGCGUGAAUGAAAAAAAGGCAAUUAUUUCUGAAUUUUUCGAAUAA